GAUUCACACCAUCCAUCAUAUUCCCCAAACUCCUCUCUUCUAUCCACUCCCACAACUGCUCCCUUAAUUCAAAAGGAAUUGAAGCAUCUUGCCGAAGGGACAACGUCGUUUUCGUGGAAUAUAGUAAUCAACAACAUUAAUUAACUCGAAACAACAAAAAACAAAAAAAAAAAAACAAAAAAAUGUGGAGGCUUAGAAUUGCAGAAGAGGGUGGAAAUGAUGAGGCGUACUUGUAUAGCACCAACAAGUACGUGGGGCGGCAAACAUGGGAGUUCGACCCUAACGCCGGAACGGCGGAAGAACGGGCUGAGAUCGAAGCGGCCCGCCGUGAGUUCUGGAACAACCGCUACAUGGUUAAGCCAAGCGGUGAUCUUCUUUGGCGAAAUCAGUUCCUGCGAGAGAAGAAUUUCAAGCAGACAAUCCCACCAGUGAAGGUGGAAGAUGGAGAAGAAAUCACCCAUGAAACGGCCACUGCUGCACUGAGAAGAGCAGUUCAUUUCUUCUCAGCCUUGCAAGCCAGUGAUGGUCACUGGCCUGCCGAAAAUGCCGGUCCCCUGUUCUUUCUUCCACCUCUGGUUAUGUGCGUGUACAUCACCGGUCACCUUAAUACUGUUUUCCCGGCAGAACACCGCAGAGAAAUUCUUCGAUACAUAUACUGUCACCAGAAUGAAGAUGGUGGGUGGGGAUUUCACAUAGAAGGUCACAGCACUAUGUUCUGUACUGCACUGAGCUACAUCUGUAUGCGUAUUCUUGGAGAACGGCCGGAUGGGGGUGAGAACAAUGCCUGUGCUAGAGCAAGGAAAUGGAUUCUUGAUCAUGGUACUGUUAAAGCCAUUCCUUCCUGGGGAAAGACUUGGCUCUCGAUUCUCGGAGUAUUUGACUGGUCAGGGAGUAACCCAAUGCCUCCUGAAUUUUGGCUCCUUCCUUCUUUUCUUCCUAUGCAUCCAGCAAAAAUGUGGUGUUACUGCCGAAUGGUUUACAUGCCCAUGUCUUAUCUCUAUGGUAAGAGAUUUGUAGGGCCAAUUACACCUCUGAUUUUACAAUUGAGGGAAGAGCUUUAUGAUGAGCCAUACGAGCAAAUCAAUUGGAGGAAAAUAUGCCAUUUGUGUGCAAAGGAGGAUCUCUACUAUCCUCAUCCCUUGAUACAAGACUUAAUCUGGGAUAGUUGUUAUGUACUCGCUGAGCCUUUACUGACUCGCUGGCCUUUCAACAAGUUGAGACAAAAAGCUCUCGAAGUUACCAUGAAACACAUACAUUAUGAAGAUGAGAACAGUCGAUAUAUCACAAUUGGGUGUGUGGAAAAGGUUUUGUGUAUGCUUGCUUGUUGGGCUGAGGAUCCAAAUGGUGACUAUUUCAAAAAGCAUCUUGCUAGGAUCCCUGAUUACCUAUGGGUUGCUGAAGAUGGAAUGAAAAUGCAGAGCUUUGGCAGUCAGCAGUGGGAUACUGGUUUUGCCAUCCAAGCACUAUUAGCUAGUGACAUGACUGAUGAAAUAGAAGAUACUCUUCAAAGAGGACAUGAUUUCAUUAAAAAAUCUCAGGUCAAGGAUAAUCCUUCUGGUGAUUUCAAGGGCAUGUAUAGGCACAUUUCUAAAGGAUCAUGGACAUUUUCAGAUCAAGAUCAUGGAUGGCAAGUUUCUGAUUGCACUGCUGAAGGAUUAAAGUGUUGCCUUAUCUUCUCUACAAUGCCUGCUGAAAUUUUUGGUGAGCAAUUGGAGCCUGAGCGAUUAUAUGAUGCGGUUAAUGUAUUGCUUUCCUUACAGAGCAAAAACGGUGGUUUAGCCGCAUGGGAGCCUGCUGGAGCCUCAGACUGGUUGGAGCUACUCAAUCCAACAGAAUUCUUCGCUGACAUUGUUAUUGAGCAUGAGUAUGUUGAGUGCACUGGUUCAUCAAUUCAAGCCCUUAUCCUUUUCAAAAAAUUAUACCCUGGACACCGAACAAAGGAGAUAGACAAUUUCAUCACCAAUGCUGCGAAAUACCUUGAAAAUGAUCAAAAGCCUGAUGGUUCAUGGUAUGGAAAUUGGGGUGUAUGCUUCACAUAUGGCUCAUGGUUUGCCCUUGGAGGCCUAGCAGCAGCAGGCAAAACAUAUAACAAUUGUGCAGCUGUUCGUAAAGGUGUUGAUUUUCUGCUAAGAACACAGAGGGAUGAUGGUGGUUGGGGAGAAAGCUAUCGUUCUUGUCCCGACAAGGUGUAUCGACAGCUUGAAGGAAACCGCUCAAAUUUGGUGCAAACUGCUUGGGCUAUGAUGGGGCUGAUUCAUUCUGGCCAGGCGGAUAGAGAUCCAAGGCCACUCCACCGAGCAGCAAAGCUUUUAAUAAACUCUCAGAUGGAAAAUGGCGACUUUCCUCAGCAGGAAAUUACUGGAGUUUUCAUGAAGAACUGCAUGUUGCACUAUGCGGCAUAUAGAAAUAUCUAUCCUUUGUGGGGUUUGGCAGAGUACAGAAAGAGGGUGCCUUUACCAUCAUAAACCAUUUUUCAAUUCAAUUCCACCUCUUUCAACAUCAUCAGAUAAGGAAUCUGCAGUGUUGUUUGUUGUAUAACCAGUCAUGUUCUUUACCUUAUACCAUAUACUCCGUAUCUAUUAUGUUGUUUGUAAUAUAUAAGUUGUCUAAGAAAAAAUAGAGGGCCAUAGCUUAGCUACCAAUGCAAGUUUGUAUUCAAAUAUGUGAAUAAAAGGUAAUCCAUUUACUCUUUCAUUUCU